UUCUUCCUUGACUUGCACAUCUAUCCAUCCCCUCAAAAAAUCUCGGCUCCCUCCUCGAAGGCCCUAUCUAUCUCUUCCUCCCCCCUCACCUCGCCGCCGACGAAGAGAAGACCAGAAGGUUCAAGGGAUGGGCGAAUUCGACGACUACUGGGCGCGGGCGUACAGGGGCGACCCUGCGGUGCCGCACUCCGACCCGCAGCGGCUCAUCACCACCUGGACCGGCGCCUUCGCCCUCGGCGCCGCUGCAUGCGUUCACCACCACGCCUCCAACCUCGCCUCCAAUCUCAAGUCCCUUCCCCAUAGCUGGCAAGACAUGACAAUGAUGCUUGAUCAGAAGCGCUGGAAAAAAAUUCUCGACAAGAAGCAGCAACAAGCUUAAGUUCCAUAUCUUUUAACCGCUUGGACCACAGUUGGAUCAGCUUUCUAUCUAGCAGUUGAGUAUGGUCGAAGAAUGUUUGGAUCAGUCUGGUUUCGUGGGUAGUUUUCUUUCUCUCUAUUUUCUUGCAUAGUAUUGAAAACUUCAUUCUUAAAGUUGAACUGGUUGUGUUGAUCUGCUGUCAGUGUGGCCUCUAUACCAACUCAUACUAUUGCAUUUCUUGAGUUAUUGAGUUGUUCACCUAUUUUCAAAAGGACAUAUGUGAUGAGAUAAAACGUAAUUUAUUUUUGCACUA